AUUUCGAAUGUUAACAUCGACAGUAACUCUUCACUCUUAUAUUGCCCACCAGGUGUUCGUUAAUAUGCCCCAAAGAAAGAAUUAUAUCUUCUCUACCUUGGAAUCUCCUUUUGCUCUUUAAUCUAUCUAUUUUUUUUUCGUAGGUACAAUAUUCAAGGUUUCACCAGGAAGGCUUGAGUAAGUUCCAGAAUUUGUAGAUAUUCAGAACAGUAGGUCAUGGCGUACUUUAAAGACACACGUUCUCCCCUCGGUGUCGAACAGUUGGUGGUACUUGACGACGAACGCCAACCACUAGAUAAAGGCACUACUAUGGUGGUUCAUACUUCUUUAAUCGGUAGAUAUCCAAUGCAAUGGCCCCGAUUGACCAGUACGUAUAAUAUAAACGAAUGGACUCACGAAGUCUCUUUGAGCAAAACUCUGAAGGUGUGGACCUUACAAACGUCCCAUCACAAAUAUUCGGAUGAAAUUGUUCAUUUACCGACGUUGGGCAACAACAUCAUCAAGGGCAAGGCUAUGUGGGGAGAGUCUCUUCAGUUUACUGGUGAAUUUCAUUACACAGCAGGGUAUUGGGAAUGGACUGAAGAUGUACUUAGCAGGUGCGAGAGUAAGUUAAUUAGCGCGCAAAUAUAUGACUCGGUGUAUGCGUCCCUGUUUACAUAUGAUCGAAAUUCCGAGAUCAUUAAGGUGUUUUGCGAAGCCUGGUGCCCGAUUACAAAUACUCUUUUGACGUCUCUUGGUGAACUAUCCUUGUCAUUAUGGGACUUAAAUACUCUCGCAGGUCUUCCUUUGACCGGACUUCUUUACGACGAAGUCAUCCCUUGUGCCGAAGAGCUUUGUGGCAUUGAUGCAACCGGAUCCAGGUAUAUGCCUCGUACUUGCAAACAUUUGCUCCAUGUUUACCAUUUACUUCGAAAGAAAGCUGACGACAACUCCCAAGUCUCAAUCGAGAAAUGGAUCAAAUUUUGGUCUAAGAAGCAACUGAAGUAUCAUCAGCCUCCUCUUCGUAAGGAGAGAAAAAAAGUUCGUCCAAAAUCUACGCAUAAUCCUCUUGGCAGCUUUGAUGCUCAUGAUGAAUGGGAUACAGCGGAGAGAGAGUUAUUCUCGAAGCUCAAAAUUGGCAAUGAUUUAAGAACUGAAACGUAUUUAUCAGCAUUUCUUGCUUGUUGGCUCUGCACUUUUGUUCUUCCGACUGAUAGCCCCGACACAAUACGUCCGUCUACUUUCAAGAUGGCUAGCCUGAUGGCGAGUGGUCGUAAAGUGGGUUUGGCCGUCCCUGUCUUAGCGAGCAUAUACAAAGGGUUUAAAUAAAAUCUCAAUUUCUCCGAGACCAACUCGCGUAAGUUCCCCAUUUCCCAUCCACUUUGUCUAUGGCUGGUUGGCACAUUACUUCAAAACUCAUUAUCCGGUUUGGCAAGGAGUGCGUGACCCUAAAAUGAUGACUUACUCUGGCGAGGGUGGUGCGAAAUAUUAUGACCCAAAAGAAUCACGCAAGCGGAUUCACAAAGGAGAUUUCGCAUCUCGGACUUGUACUAUGAUCACCAAAAGCAAAGAUUUUUUGUAUGUUGAUAAUGCCAACGGUGAUGAGUUAGAACAAAAUUAUUUCAUUGCGAUUCGUUCGAACUAUCUCCCUCUACUUUGAGGCGAAGAAUUUAUUAUCGAGCCUUACAGUCCGCAUCGAUUUAGUCGUUAGUUUGGCUACUACCAGGAUGUCCCCGGUGUUCUUAUGCGAGAUAUACGCAGAGUUUCUUUAGAAGAAGGACUCCGACAUUGGCGUUUAUGCAUUUUAUCUAAAUCCAUGUCUAGAGCGUGGUUUUCUUCUAUGCCUCCGAAUGCGAAACGAUUUGCCU